AUGAAGCCCGUCGUAGGAGUAAUGCAAGCUUGGUCUUGUAUUGUCAUCUCGGUUUUUGCCAUUGUCAUACUCUCCAUUAUCGGCGCUCUCUUCCAGAGCGGUAAUCACGCACUCUUGGGUGGAAAGGAAGACCCCAAAGAUGGGGCUGCGGUUGCCGCUACGGUUUUUUCUGCUGUAGUUGUUUAUGCGGUAUGUUUUGAUCAACUCCUCAAGGAUCCGGAAUCAGAUAGCCAUACAUAUGAAUCGUUUCUUCCUUGA